AUGGAAGACAACAUCUUAACAUGUACGCCACUGCGGCCACUAUCCAGCGAUCAGGAACGUAAUGAUGACGAUGUCGAGAGGUCAUCUUUGGUUGCUUCAGAUUCAAUCAGUUCUUCUCCGCAAGCAACACCUAGGAGAUUGCGAGCAACAAUGACGGUAUCUAUGGAAGAGCACUAUCAAAAAAUUAACAAAGAGAAGGCAUGGCACCUACAACUGAUAGACUUUAUGCCAAUAAUGAUGCAAAGUCAUGAUGCCAGGAUGGACAAUUUCGUAACAGCAUCCACCUUGCUCGAAGCAUGUUGUAAAAUUUACUCUUUCCGAGUGGAUGCCGUCCAUCAUGAUGCUCUUAAAGUUGCAAGGGGAUUAAGAACAGUAGCUCAGAGUAAAAGACGUAAAGGAGAUGACGCAGAAGGUAACAUAGAUGGAGAAGCGCAAGAGGGUGCUACAGCACCUAAGAAAAAGAAAUCUAAUGUUAUCGUGGCCAAUCCAGAAACUCUUAAUAGAGAUAUUGAGACCGAUGAUUUUGUUGAACAGAUCUACCAUUCCUCAAAAGUAACGAAGAUACUGUACCCGGUCACGUUGAUUGGUCUGAAAGAAUUACAAUUCCCAAAAACCUGUUUCCCGCAUGGACUGAAAGUAGUCAUAUUUGCGAACCAUUUACUGGAUUCUCUAUUACCAAUUGGGAUUCUGAUACAGAAGACACAACACGAACCCCUUGGCGGUUUAGAACACGAGGAAGGGGCAGGCAAAGCGAUCGCCGCUUGCGUGGCCAGGUUAACACCGGCUCCGCUGGCGACGGUUACAGACAUGCGGCCGACGCUACCACAACACUCACGACUCGAAUACUCCUAUUGUUCCAUACCUAAGGCCUGGGCUGGACCCUCACAUUGGCGGCUGAAGAACAACAGGGCCUCCAAACCUUCGACUGCAGCUCGGGUGACGGUGAAGAAUAAAAAAGUACGUCGAACGAAAAGAGUACUGGACUUUAUGGGAGCAGGUCUGAGAUUCGAUUCUCGCGCGGAACCCACGGGAGUGUUUGAACCUACUCAGCCAGCUAAAAUAACGCUUCGUUCAAAGACAUUAGCGUCAUGGAAUAAAAAUAAAUACAAAACACCGAUUGACAGUGGCUUGGAUGAGACACAUUUCCUGAAGUUCUUCUUGCGCAAUAACGUUGAGGCGACGCGCAAGCGCGCCUUGGAACAAAGCAAGGGGGUGUCUGUGCCCGCGCCGGAGCCUUUGACUGUAGACGAGCACAGUGAUCCAUCAUAUUGUCUCAAUACUGAGCCGGAAGCCUACGAAUGGGGUAACGAGGAAGGUGCGGCCGCUGGUUGUCCGGAAGGCCAGGUUAAUACCCAAACACAUGACAAUGGAGAUCUUGAGGAGUUGCUGGAACCACCUGCUAAGAUAACAAAAAUGUGUAUUCCCUACGCAAAGAGAGUGAAGAAGGUCGACAUGAAACAACUCAAGCAUUGUACUUGGAAAUUGCUCACUCAAGAUUCUCCUCCUGGGGAAAAGGAAGUGGUGACAGAAACGACUUUCUUCAAGGUCUAUUCGACACUGCCCUCGAAGCUAUCGACGUCCAUGCGCGAAUCGCUCAGUGUACCGCUAGCGUUAUUAUCAGUGCUGCAUUUAGCAAAUGAAAAGGGACUUUUUUUAGAAAAUAGAGACGAUUUAAAAGAUUUUAAAAUUGUAGGCCUGUAA